AUUUCGGUGCGCGCGCCUGCCGCACACGAAAGCCGAAGAAGACGCAGACUGGACUAGACUGCGGACUCCUCGCCGCGGCUGAAGUAGCAGUCGGUCUCCUUCGUUGAGUCGCGUCCUCCUACCACCACAAACGGCCAAGAAUGUCGGACGAAAAGCCAAAGGAAGGCGUGAAGACUGAGAACGACCACAUUAACCUGAAAGUGGCCGGUCAGGAUGGUUCAGUGGUACAGUUCAAAAUCAAGAGGCACACUGCUCUCAACAAACUCAUGAGGGCAUAUUGUGAACGGCAGGGACUGUCGCUUCGUCAGAUACGAUUUAGGUUUGAUGGGCAGCCGAUAAAUGACCAGGACACACCUUCACAGUUGGAAAUGGAGGACGAAGACACUAUCGACGUGUUCCAGCAACAGACAGGAGGAGACUUUUCUUAAGUGGAGACACUGCUUCGGCGAUUGCGUCCACACCAUUGUUUUUCUCGUUGUAAUUGUUCAAACUUAUGGUUUCCCUUUUUUCUUUUUAAACUAUUUUUAUCCCCCCAUUUCGCUGCCAGGCUUUUCACCACAAGCGGUUUUUACAGUGCUGUGAAUUGGAACGAGGUAAAGCGGUUUCACAUGAAGACUGACCGUGUGUGAGUGUCCAAGGGUAGGGAUGCUUCUGUCUCAACAUUCAUGAGAACCAAAUGCCAAAAUCUUAUUUGUCAGGAUAUUCCAAUCUCAAGUAUUUUGGAAGUCUCUGGAGCAAAAACAAAUCUCAAAAAUCCAUCACAGCAAUGUCUGUUUGCAAUAGCUGUAUUUGCAGUAAUUUGUACCCAAUUUUGCAGAGAAAGAUGCGUAUGAACAAAGCAGAUUAAGACGGAUGAUCAAAAAUACUGUCUGUCAUGUUACUGGACCAAAGGCAAAAAAAAAACUACAAAUACUAAAUAAAGUGAUGUUUUUAUAAAGUU